AAUACAAGUAUAGAAAUUACGCUUUCGGACCGUUGUUAUUUAUCCUUAUCAUUUUCCGUCCCCUACCCGACGAUGGCGAUGAUAACAAAAAACAAGUCAAAACCGACGUUUUCUAUGGACGAUAUUAAGUGCGGAUACGAUCGUAGGAGUACGGCAAGUACUCGGUGCUUUACGAUUUACCGUAGGCGUGUACUGCCCGUGCUGCUGUCGACUAUUGUAAUAAUAAUAUAAUAUUAUGUUUGGAAGUUCGAGAAACGUACGUAAUAUUAUUAAUAUUUCGCAUUGCAUUACCGUUAGUUAACGCGCCGUUCACGUCGCCGAAGAAUCAUUUUAAUUUACAACACGCAUGUUUCUGUUGAAUUAUUACCAUCCCUUGAUGUCAUGUAUGACUGACGUCCAAAACUCCAAGUGUCGAGCUUCCAAUAAACGUAAGUCCAGCCGUAUUGGCCGUGUGUGUGUGUGUGUGAUCAGAAAAUAUUGCAUAUUGCGCAUACACACAUUGCCAUUCAAUACCUAUAAAAUUGUAUUGCCUUCGAAAUUAGCGUGUAAUUAUUUUUAUUGGUGGACAAUUCGCAUCCAUCGAUUUCACACAACACGUAUCUAAAUUGGUGGAGGUCAUGUUAUUUUAUUAGGCAUGUUUUUUUUUGUUUUUGUUUUUUUUUUUUUUUUUGUUUUUUUUUGUUUUUUUUUUUAUUAAAUUAGGUUUGUUUUUAUUGAAAUGGGCGUAAACAAUUUAAUCUCAUUCACCUUCACCAGAUUUGCCUGCCAACACUCAAUAGUUUUAAUAAGAAUUAACAAUAAUAAUUCGCAAACAAAAUUAAAUAAUAUAUAAAGAUAUUAUUUUUCUAUUUGUAGGUAGAUACACUACAACUACACUAGCUAUUGUCGUUUGUUUCUAUGAUAGGUACUAAUGUACAUGUACAUAUGUUUUUUAAACUUUGAAGUAAACAAUGUAAUUAGUGUCUAAUAGGUGCAGUGUUAUUAUUAAUAUUAUUGUGUUUUUUGUAAAUCUGACAAAAUAUAAAAAUUACUUUUUAAAAAAGAUAAUAAUAAUCUCGAUAAUUAGUCAAGUACAACAGAACUAAGCCGUCUGUAAUAAAAAUCUAGUUUAUAUGGUACUUGAUUUUCUGAAUUAAAUAUAUUAACAAUAAACACAUGUUUAAUAUAUAGACUAAUAUCACUAAUAACCAAUCAUUAUUUUGUUAUAGUUUAUGACUAUAUUAUAUUUUUAUCCACCUAUCAUAUUUUCCCUACCUAAUUAAAUUAAAGAUUAAUAAAAUACUGAAAAUACUCAUUAUACAAUAAAGUGAAUAAGUCAUCACUCGUUAUAAUUAAAGCUCCUUAUCAUAUAGAAUGUUUAGCUGUCCUAGCCUUUUUAAACACUGGGCCCACCAAAAGUUAAAAUACAUAGGUAAUAGAUUAUUAAACGUUGACAAUUAUUAAGAUAAAUAAAAGAUUAUUACUGAAUUUUUAAUAGGUAUUAUGAAAAUAAUUGUAAUUUAAUUUAAAAAUAAUAAAACAUACAGAAAAAUGCAUAUAUCUUACAGUAUUAAUAAUUUUUAUAAAAUAUUUUUGUUUUUCUAAGUUUUAAUUUCAGUACUAAAUUGAUUUUAUUUUAGAUAAUGGCCCGGAUAAUGGUGUUAUCAAGUCAUCCCAUCAUUAUACAAAAAUAUCAAAGUAUCAAAAUGGAGUUAUACGAAAUGGUCACCUAAAACCUUGGAAAAAAAAUCUUUAUUCCAAUGAAGGUUAUCCAGACAACUAUACCGAUAAAUCUUUCCUAGAAGAAUUAAGAAAAAAUCUUCAUGUACGAAAACUUACGCUUCUGGAAGCUAUCCUUGGAGCUGGUUUGAUUACACAGAGAUUAUGUAUAGUGGUAAUAUUUGCUUUAUCUUUUUACGCUCUGAAUUGCAAUCAGAUUUCUCCACUAUUCUUGUUGAUUUCUACCUCGAGUUUUAGUUUCAUGUCCUAUCUCUUGCUGUAUGAAAAUUCAAAGAUAAUUCCAUUGUGGUUGUUGAAGUCAGCGUGUGCAUUUGUCAUAUCUGGUUAUAUCCUAUCGCCCGUAUUAAAAACACUAACAGAAACUAUUAGUACAGAUACUAUAUACGCCACAGCUACGGUUAUGAUGUGUGUGCAUCUAAUAUUUUUUGACUAUGGCGUAUCAGCGGUUAUAGUAUCAACAUCGUUGUCAUUGAAUGCUGCCUUGUUUGGUUCGAUUUGUCUGUGCUCAAGACUACAAACAGCAUUUCAUGUAUUUGUGUUUAUCACGAUAGCUGUACAGUGUUUUGCUGUAUCACCGAUACUAUUAUCUCCGAUCAAAUCUUCCAUUUCUAUUUUAUUGUCAUUUGUAACCGUUACCCUUGUACUGUGUACGAGGGUAUCAUCUUUGUUGAGCGGAUUGUUUUUAUGUACCGCUGUGUUCAUCAAUCUGAUAUGUCCAUAUUAUUUUGUUAAAUGGCAUUCAUACAAAGAUAAUAUUUAUGGACCGUGGGAUGAAGCUAUUGUGCAAGACAUUAAAAUAAAAGAUUUCCAUAUAGACUGAGAAAUAAUAAGGGUAUACUAAAGGAUGUGUAUAUGUUAACCAGUACAAUAUUUUUAUCUCGGUUUUCCAUAAAGUUACCAUUCUUUUAUUUUAUAUUAUGCUUAACUAUAUUUUUUAAUACAUCAAUAAUAAUCAUUAGAAAAUACCUAUGUUUUCAUUCCUUAAAGACAUUAGUAAUUAUUUUUCAAUAUAAAUGACAGCAAAACCAAAAAAUUAUUAGGAAUUACUAUGUAGACCAUUUGUUUUUCUGUUAUUAUAGUCACUGGGUUUUACUUUUUUAUCAUAAUUUUAUAUAUUUUUGAGAUAUUAAUUGUGUUUUACACAUAACUCAAUAUUUUUAAUUUUUUACUAAGUAUUGUAUUAAUAUUCAUCAUCCCACCAACUUAUAUUUUGUUAUUAAUAUUAUAUAAUGUAAUUUUUUUUUUAAUAUUUUAAAAUACAUUUUUUUUUUCAUAGGAAUGCCAACUCUAAAGUUUAUUAUUCUAAAACUAUGAUUAAAAGCUCAAUUGCCAUGUUUUGUUAAAAAUACAAAUUUAUUUAAUAAAUGUAGUCACAAUUAUCAUAUUAUAUUACUAUAGCAAAUUAUGUUGGCAUUUUCAAAACUAUUAAUUGUAAUUGUUUUUAGUUAAUUCUACAGUAUAUAAUAGUAGUACAAUAUAAUCUAAUAUCCUAUUAUAAUUUAGGUAAAUUUUAAUUUGCUGUCAACUAUACAAUACAUUAAAUUUGGUGUAUUUUAAAUGGCAUAGGCAUGUUGCACUGGUGUUAUGUGAUAUUAUUAUAUAUUUUUAAUACAUACAUUAUAUAAUGUUAAGCAAUAAAUUAAGAAAUAAUUUCGUAAUGGCAGAAUCUCAAAGCCCAGAAAUUAUGCCGAUGAUAUUGACAAAUAUCAAAACAUUAUGUCAUCAUUAGUUUUAAAGUAUUGGAAUAAACUUACUCAAAUAAAAAGAUUUUAUACCAUUUUAAAUUCUUUUUGAAAAUAAAUCCAAAAACCUUAUUUUGAAAUGUUUUUAUUUACCAUAUAAUACACUUUUUUUUGAACUCGAAAAAUAGUUUCAAUUUGUGACAAAAACAAUUUUAAAAUUUAAAACUAGAUUUUAUACAGUCACAUAAGAAAUAAUGUAUAUAAUAUUAUUAUUAUUUUAAAACAUAUAAAUGAUACUAUUUGUUUUAUUAGUAGUAUUAAAAAUAUCAUUAUUUUGAAUAUUUAUUCUUAAAACAAAAUAUAAGUAUUCUAUAUAAGACGGGACCUAUACAAAUUUUUUUUUAAUUCUAAAUCAUAUUGUUGAGAUUCUUUCAUAAUUGUUAAUUAAUUUGAUCAUAGGGAGAAAUUGUAAAUACACUGAAAAUAAGACAUUAGGCAAUUAUAUCAAGGAAAAAAUGUUCCAAUUUUAGAAAACUUGAAUGAUAGACUUUGAGAUACAAAUUUGUCCAAAUAAUAAAUAUUGUUAACCUCACCUAAGUAAUUCAUUUGUAUUAAAUAUAUUAUUAUACAUUAUUUACUAGUUAUUUAAAAAACAAAGACUAAAUAUUUUAAUUUUUGUAGUGUUCCACGUAUCUCUUUAUGUACAUACACAUGUUCAACUUAAGAAUUACCAUAUACUUUCUAAAAUAAUGAUAAAGUAUUACACAAAACUAAUAAAAAAAAAUAUGCAUUCAUUUUUGAUAAAAUUAAAAUUUAUUACAAGUCCUGCCCAUUGUAUUAUUGUGUAUCAUCAAUUAAAAAUCAAUAGUUUUAUUAUUUUAGAAAGUAGUGGCAAUUCAUCCUUUUUGUCUUGUACUCAAGAUUAAAAAUUAUAUGCGAUUAUAAUAAUUAUGUGUCUAUAGUUAUAUGAUAAGAGUCGAAAUACAUAUUUGUUGGUUUCUAUAUAUCAUUGAGUUUUCUAAAUAAAAUUAGCAAAGUAGAUAGGUAGUAAUAUCAUUGGAAUUUAUUGAGUUAUUGUUUGUUGCACUUUAAUUUUUUUUUUUAUGUACGUUAUGUUUUUCAUAUUUUGAUUGUUAUUGUUAUUUUAAUGUUGUUAUUACCAUUAAGUACAAAAAACCAAAUAAAUUCAAUCUAAUAUUUAUUAUUAUGUGUAAGAAAUUUGUACAAAAUUACAAUAUGUACCUAUAUAUUGAAAAUGUCCAUUCGUGUCAUUCGUUAAACAACUUCUUCAGUUCGAAGUAACAUAUGACAUUAUUGAUCUACUGUGUGAUAUACUGAAAAGUAAAAUGAAAACUGUUUUUCACAUAAUUUAAUUUAAUUAUAUAAAUUAUUAUUUAAAGUAUCACCUGUUACAAUUAUUUAAAAAUUGAAUAUAAAAAAAAAAAAUGUCAUUUAUAUAACUAAUAUAUUUAUACAAUACUACUAAUUACCUACUUUCUAUUUGCUUUUUUUUAACGUGUUGCUAACUUAACAACAGUAGGACUCUAGGGUUUAACAGGAGCUUUAUAUCAGUCUUCCAGAUUGAUGUGUUAAAAUCCAUUUGUGUUCACAACCCGGAGUCCCUGAUAUUAGGAAUAUUAUUUUUGUAUUUUAUUUGUUCAUUAACCAGUAACAAUUUCAGUGUUUUGUGGUAUGCAUACACGUAUCAAUUCUUAUAAUAAGUACUUAUUUUUUUAAACAGUAGCCAAUUUAUUAUGAAGAUGAAAUUUAUCUGUAUAUUAUAUAAUAUUACACUCACCUAAUGCUCAUACAUGUUGAAUAAAUCACACGGAAUUAAGGAACUAUAUUAAUUGUAUUAUCUAUAGUACCCUAACGGAAUUAUCCCAAAAUGUUUGUCUAUUUUUAUUGUUUCCUUUUCAUUUAUACAAUAUAAUAUAAGAGAAUACAUG